AGAGUCUACUUGUUGAUGUAUCCUUUGCCGUGUUAGCAACAGCGGGGGUUGUGAGUUGAAUGUUAUGAUGGCGAACAACCCUCCACAGUUGAUGGCUGGGGAGAGACGACCUGGACCCAACCCAAUGCAUAACACCUGCCGCGCCCUUGUAUGUUGUACAGAGAGUCCUGCCUCGACCGAUCGGCUCAGUGCGACAAUUCAACAAAACUAGGAUUCCGAAUCCCCCGAACGCAGUGCGGCUGCGGCGCGACGGGCGAAAUUGGAAAACCCCCCAGGGUGCUCAUCGCCCAAGGGCAGAACCGACUUCUGCUUCGGACGUAGGCGCUUCAAUUCCAAAUGCGGUCUGCGAUAGCUCUUGCUCUGGAAAUGGUAAAUGCUGACCGAACCAGUGGGGACGGAGCACACAUUGCAGAUAUCUCGAACACAGAAAUCCAUUUAAGGUGUGCCGAUCGGAGCUACGGAGGAGAAAUGUUCGACUUCAAAGCUGCAAUUGUCCAGGAUGUCUCAGUUGACCCCGCCUCCAGCGGCUCCAGACUGAAGGUUGUCGCGGAUUGCGCGGUUCUGAGAAGUGGCAAUGCUCUUUACGCCGUCCCAUUUUCCCGCUCCAGGUAUGCAUGCUUGAUCCCAAGGAUGGCGCCAGCUAGCAGCUGUCAAGGUACCCACAUACCGUUUCCGAUCAUCGGCUGCAGUGCGUGGACGAGACAGUCUCUUGCUUUGGAGUGCAGUUCUCAGAGCUGCGACAAGGAGUCUUGCCUUUACUGUGUAUGGUAUGUCAACAACUAUUUUCUCUCCUUCUCGCUUUGAAGAGAGACGGUG